AUGACGACGACUGCAAUUCGAAUUCCCUUCACGGGCCCACUACCGCCGGCUAUAAUUGUUCCUCCGUCUGCCAGGACUAUAGACGGAGCGAUCAAAGCCAUCGCUGCCUUCUUCACCGCUCCACCGUCAUUGAACUUGCGAGGCAUUGAUGUUGGAAGGCAUUCCCAAACUGUCUUACUGACAGGUGCCGGAAUCUCGGUCGCAUCAGGUCUGUCAGACUAUCGGGGUGAUCAAGGCACCUACCGACGAAAUCAGUCCUACCGACCGAUAUACUUCCAUGAAUUCUUGUCACAUCAUGAGUCCCGCAAACGGUAUUGGGCGCGUAGCUUCGUGGGAUGGCCAGGCUUGGUGAAGGCACGACCAAAUUCAACUCAUCAAGCCAUCCAAGACAUCGCUACCAAAGGAUACAUCAGCUCAGUUGUGACGCAGAAUGUCGACUCCUUUCAUUCGCUCGCCCAUCCAGAGCUGUCGACACUCGAACUACAUGGAUACCUACGAUCGGUCGUAUGUACCAGUUGUCGCAAUCAAUUCCCUCGGGCUAAUUUCCAGUCGUCCUUGGAAAGGCUGAACCCCGCCUGGGCCGAGUUCCUCGCCCGCAUGGUUGAGCAGGGUGCGCUUGACACAACUAACCCGGACGAACAACGGCGCAAGGGUCUGAAACUGAACCCAGACGGCGAUGUAGAUCUUGCGGAAGCGCCUUAUUCUACAUUUCGCUAUCCGUCCUGUCCCACUUGUCUGGAGAACCCUCCGACCCUGAAAGAUGGGACGAAAGCUCGUGUUGAAGUUGAACACGACGGUGCCUGGAUGCUGCCAUCCAAUGCUGGAAUCUUAAAGCCUGCGGUGACUAUGUUCGGUGAGAACAUCAAUCCAGCAGUCAAAGCAGCUGCUGAGGAAGCGAUCGAUGAUGCUGGGCGCUUACUGGUUCUUGGAAGCAGCCUGGCGACCUACUCGGCGUGGCGCUUAGUUGAAAGGGCCUAUAAACGAGGCAUGCCCAUUGGUAUUAUCAAUGUCGGUGGGGUCCGAAACGAGGCCAUGCUGUUUGAAAGCCUGGAUGCCAGUGCCAGUGCUCAUGUCCGGUGCAGUCUUCCUACACAGUCGAUUCUCCCGGCCGUGGUGUCUGAACUGCCUCGGAAUACAUUCUAG